ACACUUGACAACAGAUGGUAGCAUGACGAUGAAGUCCCUCCAACAAGUGAAAACAUAUAGGACCCGUGAUUAUUAUUUUGCUUUUAUAAUCAUCGUGGCCCUAAUAUUUACCGUUUCUAGCAUUAUGUCUUCGGCGUACCUAUACCACAGUGUACAGCGUCAAAUCGUGAUGCUAGAAGACCACAGAGUGAUGAUUAUAAAACUCCAAGACGACAUUCAAGCUAUGAAAGACGAACCAGCGGUCUUGCCACGUGAUGGAAAGAAUUUUGAAAAUCAUCAUAGUCAGUCGACCAUUUUGAAACGUAAUGUUAACGACGACGAUCGAGAAUCCUGUUUGAACGUGGAUGAUGUAUUACGUCUUGUGUCAAGUAUUCAAGGCACCACGGGCCCACAGGGCCCACCUGGACCCCCGGGAUCUCCAGGAGUUAAAGGGGACCAGGGACUGCAAGGGAGACCUGGAAAAUUGGGUCCCACCGGUCUGCCAGGUUCUAGUAUUAAUUCCGAAAGUACAUCACAUGUAGAAGACUGUUGUGACCAAUUGUCCAAUGUGACAGUGGGGUCUAUGUAUAUUAGGUGGGGUCGUCAGACUUGUGAAGGGGACGCCGAAUUAGUGUAUGCAGGAAUUGUGGGAGGAAGUCACUACACUCAUACAGGAAGUGGUUCCAACUACCAAUGCCUGCCCCUCGACCCGAUAUACGAUGUUGAUGUCAGUGGCGGUAGUAGAGGCAUCAUGUAUGGUGCGGAGUAUGAGACCAAUGAUUUCCCUCCGCUAUCAGCCAUCCAUAACCAAGAUGCCAUAUGCGCCGUGUGUAAAGCCAAUCACCGUGGCUCAGUGUUGAUGGUUCCAGCAAGGAAUGAAUGUCCUAGCAACAAGUGGACAAGAGAAUAUCACGGAUUCCUUAUGUCAGCGUAUUAUAAUCAGAAACAGAAUGGCGAAUUUAUUUGUGUAGACCGACAGGCACGUGGUAGCGUAAACAGCAAUUCGAAUCAGAAUGGCGCUUUACUAUAUCCCGUGUACGGUAGCUGUGGCUCCCUGCCAUGCGGUCCGUAUGUUGAGGGACAUGAGCUAACUUGCGUGACAGUGGAUAAAAGUGGCAUGUCCAGCUCUGUAAUUAACAAGGGUACUAGCACAGGUUCCUCAACGGGAUGCGGAGUUCGACAAGAGGACUCUAUAUCUCAUUUCGUUGUGACAGUUCUCUACGCUCUGAUCAGCAUAUUAGAGGGAUUUCUUUACCGAGUAGCUAUCAAGAAAGUUGCAGAAGAAACUGAUCAGUGUCAGUUAGUUGCCAUUAUUACUAUAAACACGACCCUGCACAUACUGGGCAUGAAGCUAUUUCCUUCUGUGAUAAAGAAACAGCUGUGA